CCACUUUUUGUUGUUGAUAUUGCUCCGCGUCUACUACGUACGUAUAUAAAGGAAUGGGUGGACUUGCUAAAUCGACUCAUUCUCCCUCAACCGGUCCCCAUCUUCAGUUCACUAUACACUAUCGAUAAUUCGGAUUACCUUGUAUAUCAAAGUACAAUCAUGUUUUGCGUCAAACUCGUGAUACUAUUUACCAUAGUUGGUUUAUGUUCAUCUCAAUACGAGGACGGCUUCCCGGAUAGUAUCAAAGCCGCGGCUUUUGAAGAAAUCAUCGGCAAUUAUUACGCGUUCGAUCCGUUCCUUCAAACGGGUCGCAAAGGUCGUGAAUCGAACGGCUUUCCAGACGAAUUGGAAUAUUCCUCCUUCCAGCCGAUUUUCGAUUCCCCACCAUUGACGCAAUCCAACGACGAUAACACGUUUUACUCAAUACCGCCAGCUUACACCGCCCCAGAAUCCAAAGACGAUUUUGAUGACUCACCCAUUUCAGUCACCACCAGACCGGCUGUCCAUCACGACGUGCGACAGCUCAACGACCUACAGACGAACAGCCCAUUCAAAUUCGAGACGGAAUUCAACAGCUUCGACAGCGAAAACUAUCCGCGUUAUCCUCCCUACUUGACUGAGCAGUCGGUUCGACAGCAGCAGCAGCUGUCGUCUGAUGUUACGCUGGAGAACAAUCUGCCCAAAUAUGUCAUCGGAGUCGGCGGGCAGGAACCGACAGAUGGAGACAACUUCUUUCAGACGAAACGUUCGGCUCGCACUCCGGCCAGACGUGCCCAUCAGUCGGGUCACAGGGACCAAUUCGUGAGACGGGCUCGUCCCGCCAUAGAACUGGACGAAUCGCCUUUCGCCAGGAGAUCGUUACGCUACGUUAAUUAUGACGACGUCCCGCCGCGUUACAAUCGUGCUCGAUCCAGUGACUUCACACAGGGCCGCAGAGCCGCUCAACAUCUCCCCGAUGACAGGAAUAUCCGUAACGGCUAUUAUGUCGCUUCAAAGGUUUUAUGGCGGACCCCUGUUCAAGCUGACGGCCAGCGCAGCCGAUAUUUCGUCGCCAGCCAGCCUCCCGUUUACGCUGAUUAACUCUUGAGAAUUCAGGGGGUCUUUGUUGCAUGUCUAUCCUCGUUUGAUUUUCUUUUUUCUAUUUUUUUUUUAAAGAAAUAAAUAUAGUAGAUCUAUCUGUGCUGGAAAGCCGACAUGCUUUUCGGGAAAUGACUGUGGGAAACUCUUUAAAAUAAACAAGGAUACAAGAUAUUUUGAAGUGGAAGAGGAAAGAGAGAUCCAAGGCCAUCCUUCAAGUAGAACUGAGCAAGUUUUCACUCUCCUGCUGUAACCGAAUAUGAUAUACAGCGCGUCCGUCUUUUGUUUUUUUUUAUCUUCCUUUUUUGUUUUAACACCGUACAUGUAACUUAUAGGUGAGGCCAACUAAUUGCCAUACAAAGACAAACGAAAAAAAAACAAAACGAAACAAAACAGGAAAUACAUAAUUUUUGUGUAACAA